GUAGAAUGUUACACCGUUUGUAAACGGCAGUCCUUCGCUUAUACAAUCUGAAAUAUUAACUCUAAUGUAUUGUUGUGCCACUCAAAGAGAGGUCAUAAUCUGUUUGUGACAUUCAAAGACUUAACAAGAACAAUAAUUGACUUAAUUAGAAAAACAAUGACGACCGCACCACUGCUGAGGCGGUCAUGGAGCAUAUAUGCUUCUUUAAGGUGCAAGGUGCCCUCCACUCGGAGGUCGCAUUUGGUUAGUUCAUCGCGCUGGAUGAGUGCCGACCGACAGGAAAAUAUCAUGACCGUUUUUGACAGAAAAGCGAAGCGAAUCCAAAAAGAUAGGACGACAAUUUUACCUGAUUAUGAAGUUUACGAUUACAUGAAAGAGGAGGUUGGCUAUAGAACCUUUGACAGAAUGUGUGAUAUUAAAAGAGAGUUUAAGCUGGCUAUAGAUCUGGGCUGUGGAAGGGGUUACGUGUCCAGACACAUACUAGCAGACAUGGUGGAAAACCUCUACAUGUGUGACUCAUCAGAGAUGUUAUUGGAACAAGCACAAGUAUCUCCAGAAGUUCCAACCACAAAGAUGGUGGUCGAUGAAGAGUCUCUUCCAUUUAAACACAACUCAGCUGAUAUAGUAUUUAGCUCGUUAAGUUUACAUUGGGUAAAUGACCUUCCUGGUUGCUUUAAGCAGGUACACAGAACACUCAAGAAUGAUGGUGUCUUCCUUGGCUGUAUGUAUGGAGGAGACACUGUGUUUGAACUCCGUGUUGCACUACAGCUAGCUGAGAUAGAGCGAGAAGGGGGAUUCUCUCCACAUAUUUCACCAUUUACCAGUGCACAUGACCUUGGGAACCUCCUCAAUAGGGCUGGCUUUACCAUGUUGACACUGGAUACAGACGAGUUCACAAUAAAGUACCCAUCGAUGUUUGAGUUAAUGUUCGACCUGAAAGGUAUGGGAGAAAACAAUUGUUCAUGGUCCCGCAGACCCUCAUUACACCGAGACACAAUGCAAGCUGCAGCAGCCAUUUACAAAGAUAUGUACGGAGAUGAGGAAGGUGUACCAGCUACAUUUCAGGUGCUUAACUUUAUAGGAUGGAAGCCUGAUCCCUCACAGCCACAACCAGUGGAAAGAGGCAGUCAGGAUUUCUCAUUUAAGGAUCUUGACCGAUUGAAUGAGCUGACCAAGGACAUAGAAAAAUUGAAAGGUGAUGCCAAGGUCACAGAGGACAAUAAGGAUGACAAAAAAUCUUGAUGCACCAUCUGUAUAUACAAUAAAGUGUUGUUGUUAAUUGG